CACUGCCCCCCUUGCCAUCAGAACACUGACAACACCGUCUUAUGACACAGCAGAGUAAGAGAUCCAGGGAGGAAGACAGAACACUAACGAAAGAAGAGACUUUAAUAGGGACAGAGCAAAUAUUACAUAGUCUGUGCAGGAGCUGAAGGACGCAAAGCAACUGCAAGCAGGUGCUAAAGGACAGGACCCAGAGGAUUUUACUCUGAGAGGACUGCGCAUCUCACGUGGAUUUUUCCACCUUUUUAUCUUUUAGCAAAUCACAGAAAGGAGGAUACUUGUUACAAAGAUGAAGUACUAUAACCAGUACCCAGUGCCAGAGAACGUGCGUUACAGUCGUUACAGCCGUAAAGACUGCUCUCCUGCACCUUGUACCCGCUCAAAAGUAUCGCUCAAACCAGCCCGCUCUGUGCACUUUCCCAAUGACAUUGUGUUCCAGGACCAUGUCCGAGAGGGAGACCUGGAGCAGAUUGGCCGCUUCAUCAGAGCCAGGAAGGUUCAUCUGAACACUAUCUACCCCUCUGGUAUGGCAGCGAUUCACGAGGCUGUGCUCUCUGGGAAUCUGGAGUGCGUGAAGCUGCUGGUGAAAUACGGUGCGGACAUUCACCAGAGGGACGAGGAGGGCUGGACUCCCCUGCACAUGGCUUGCAGUGACAGCUUCCCGCACAUUGCCCGGUACCUUCUGUCUCUGGGCGCCAACGUAGAUGCAGAAAAUGAGUGUGGAGAAAAGCCAGCAGACCUCAUUGACCCUGACUGCAAGCAGCUAGUGAAGAUGUUUGAGGUGGGCUGCGUGUGAACCUUCAGUCUGUAGCCAGAACCCAACCGUGUCUUCUCCUCUUGCUCGCUGUGGCGAUGGAAAGGAAUGACAGAUCAGUGAAAUGUCCUGAUUCUGUGUCUCCUCUCUGGAAUGGGAGGAUAAAUCUGGAGGUGGGAGGAAGCAGCCGUCUGUAACUGUUUGUCUGGCGAGGGCGGCGAGACGCUGCCGCGAUGGGCUGCCUUUCCCGUCAGACACGAGAUGCACUUCCUUCUUGUUGCUUGAAGAUGCAGGAGUGAAUUUAUAAUUUUGUUGUUUAAAAUGUUCAUACAAAAAACAAUCUUUUUUAAAAAAUAUAUAUUGUUUCUAAAUUUUUUAAUGUAUGGUUUCUUAAGUUUUCUUGGUUUCUAAAGUUUCCUGCCACUGAAUUUUGUAUGUGUGUGCUUGUCUUAUAGAGAUGAUACUUUUUCAGACCAUGCAAAAUUUGAGCCUUUGUCUUUUCUGUAAGCUUCCAGUGUUUACAGCUCUGUACACCAGGUCAACAAUGAACACCUUUACAUUCUACUGUCACACAAAGCCAGCAAGUCAUUCAAAUUAUGCUACCCUGUAACUCUGGUUAUAAAUCAUUUCUAAGUGAGAAAUGUGAGGAACCUAUCUGUACUUCUCCCUAGAAGUGUUAUUUGAGGGACACCCUCAAACCACUUGUGACUCUUCGCACCUGGAUGCACCCAGUCCUAUCUUUGAGAAUAAAUGUGUGUAAAUUCACUCAGCUCAGUUGUAUGGUUGCUUGCAAAUAGGUUCCUUACUCUGUUACUUUUAUAUCUGAAAUAGACAAGGUGUUACUGGAAGUCAGUACGGAAUCCUUAAUUUGCACGACGUUGUAUAAAAGUCUUACUAUUUUUUUACGAAAUAUUUUUUCAUUAAAGUUGCUUUUUCUACCAAG